CCGCCACCACCUAAAACGGGGAGAAGAAGAACAGAGAGAGAGAGAGAGAGAGAGAGAGCGAGAGAGAGUCGUCAAUAACACAUGAGAAGAUAGGAAGAAGAAAGAUAGAUCUAAGGGAGCAGGAAUGGCUGAAGGAGAGAGGAAAGGAGGCGAAGGAGGAGGAGGGGGUACAGUGGAGAGGGGAGAGGAGAGGGUGAAGCUGUUCGUGGGGCAGGUGCCGAAGCACAUGACGGAGGAUGAGCUCCUGGCCUUGUUCAAGGAGGUGGCACUCGUGGCCGAGGUCAGCGUCAUCAAGGACAAAGUCACCAAGGCCUCCCGAGGUUGCUGUUUCCUGAUCUGCCCCUCGCGCCAGGAGGCCGACAAGGCGGUCGCCGCUUCCCAUAACAAACGAACACUUCCCGGUGCUUCUAGUCCAUUACAAGUAAAGUAUGCUGAUGGUGAGCUUGAGAGGCUAGAAAACAAGCUUUUCAUUGGAAUGCUUCCGAAGAACAUAUCUGAUGCUGAAGUUGCAGAACUCUUUUCAAAAUAUGGUACUAUUAGGGACUUACAGAUCUUGAGAAGUUCUCAGCAAACAAGUAAAGCUGGCUGUGCAUUCUUGAAAUAUGAAAUGAAAGAACAAGCUUUGGCAGCCCUUGAAGCCUUAAAUGGGAAACAUAGGAUGGAGGGUUCAAGUGUGCCUCUGGUUGUUAAGUGGGCUGACACUGAAAAGCAAAGACAAGCUCGAAGGGCACAAAAAGCUCAAUUUCAGGCCAACAGUGUUCCUCAUCCCAGUUCAAUGCAGCAGGCAUCAAUAUUUGGAGCAUUACCAUUGGGCUAUAUGCCUCCAUAUAAUGGAUAUGGGUAUCAGCCACCUGGAACUUAUGGACUCAUGCAGUACCCUUUAGCUUCAAUGCAAAAUCAAGCUUCAUAUCAUAAUAUGAUUCUACCUGCUAAUCAAGGGAAUACACUACAUGGGAUCAGUUCUGAUGUUUCCACAGGCAUAACACCUAAAAGUUUGAAUACAACAGAAUCUGGUGGCUAUGUAGGUUCUCCAUAUCCCACAGUGUCUGGUCUUCAAUAUCCAUUGCCAUAUCCACCAAGUAUUGGCCAUUUGGGGAAUUCCCACGGCUUAGGCCAACCCGUAAAUAUGACUAACCCCACAACAUCUUCAAGCCGUAGCAUGACUUCUGGGGGUUGGAUAGAAGGCCCUCCUGGAGCUAACUUAUUUAUAUAUCAUAUACCUCAAGAAUAUGGUGAUCAGGAGCUUGCAAAUGCCUUCCAAGGAUUUGGCAGGGUCUUAAGUGCUAAUGUUUUUGUAGACAAAGCAACUGGUGUUAGUAAAUGUUUUGGUUUUGUAAGUUAUGACUCACCUGCACCUGCCCAGGCUGCCAUCAAUGUGAUGAAUGGUUUCCAAUUAGGUGGUAAGAAGUUGAAGGUACAACUUAAGAAAGAAAACAAAGUAAACCUUAUUAAUGGUGAAAUUCGUCUAUGAGGAGGUAGCAUUACCUACUUUAUAUGGUCCCUGGCAAAUACAGAAGCUGUCCCCUUUAUUCUCUGCAAUACAGAUACAAGAUGAAUAGAAGAUAAUUGAUUCUUCUAAUUUGUUCAUUCUAUCAUGUCUUGAAAGUGGAAGCUGGCAACUCCUUUACCAGAUUCAUUCUUGAAAUGUUUCAAAUGGUGUAUUUUACUUUAAUUCUUUUUGUAAUUUAUGUACCAUGGGAGUUUCAUUAGACUAUUAAUUAUUUAGUUUAA